AUGAGUGAUCCAGGAGAGGGUGCUACAAGUAAUUUGGCUAGGAGUCCAUCAGAUCCUCAUCCUCUAACCUACAGAUUAGUGUCAGCCCAGUUCACUGUGAUUGGUCCUGCGGGACCUAUAGUAGCUUUGCUGGGAAAAGAAAUCACGUUACCCUGUGAUUUAUAUCCUUUGAAGAAUGUAGAACACGUGGACAUUAAGUGGUACAGAGUUGUUCAGUCCAAUAUCAAGUUUCAUGAAGGAGAGAAUGUCACCAGAAAGCAACUGAUAGAGUAUACGGGGAGAAUUGACUUAUUGAAAGAUGACAACCAUGAAGGCAGUGUGGCCUUGAAGAUUCACCAUGUCAGAGUCUCUGAUGAAGGGGAGUACCAGUGUGUUCUUCAAGAUGACAGCUUCCAAAAGACAACCACUGUGGAGCUGAAGGUGGCAGCUUGGGGAUCAGAUCCUCAGAUUCAUGUGAAGCCUCUAAAGGAUGGAGAAAUUUUGUUGUUGUGCCAAUCAAAUGGAUGGUACCCAAAGCCCCAAGUGGGAUGGAAAGACAUUCAGGGAGAGAAUUUGCCAUCCCUGUCAGAGUCUCAGUCUCAGGAUGGAGAAGACCUUUUCCAAACUGAAACAUCUCUAGUAGUUCAAUCUAAUUCCACUGAAGAUGUGUUUUGCUUCCUUCAACAUCCUCUCCUUGAGGAGCAGAAGAUAGUAAAACCUCCCCCAAGAGUAUCCUUUUUCUUAAGGAAAUGUGUCUGGGUCGUCGCUUUCGCAGCUGGUUUCCUAAUUGUGGGACUCUUCAUUUUGGGAUGCAUUUAUUGCAUCUGGAAGAGACGCUGUGCCAAAGGUAUGAUUGGGAAAUGGCCACCAGGGGGAGCAGUUGAGAUGUUCCUGAAGCUGAAAGCCUGCAGAGAUGCUGAUGAUCUCAAUCAGAAGCUAUGA